AUGUCACUUCAAACGGAAUCCCAGUCACAAGAACCUCUUGACUUAAUACGUUUCCAGCUCGACGAAACUGUCUUGGUGAAACUCAGAGGUGCCAGAGAAAUGAAAGGGAAACUUCAAGGAUAUGAUUCGCACUGUAACAUGGUUAUAAGUGAAGCCGAAGAGUACAUUUACGAAGUCAACGGUAACUCCGAACCAGUGGUGAAAAAAACUGAAAUGGUGUUUGUGAGAGGAGAUUCGGUUAUAUUAAUUAGUCCUAUCAAUUAG